AUGCCCGCCGCCGCAUACCUUCCCGAUCCUGGCAAGUGGAUCGCUGUCGCGCCCCCUCCAUCUCGCGGAAAGCAACGACCCCUCGUCGCCCACAGACAUGGCUUCCCUACCCCGCCUGCCUCCAACCCCCGUCAUCGUUCCUCUUCAGUCUCGACCAACGAGAACCUCCCGGCGGUCAAGCCCACUGCGGGCCCUUCGCGAUUGGGUGAAAGCAAACAGGGGGGCUUGAGCGGAUGGCUGACUCCACCCACAACCUCCUCGCAGCCUCGCAAGCGGAUCGAUCGGGUCAAGCAGUCGCUCGCGGAGAGCAACACAGCACGGGGCAGUCCAUUGUCCCGAUCUGCGGCGCCAAAACCUGGACGGGUACUAGGGAAGCCGGCGGGAUCGAGGCUGGCAGGGAAGGUGGAGAUCAAUGACUACUGGAAGUCAGAAGAAGAAGAUGAGAUUGAGGCGGAUGAGGAGGAGUUGCCGCGAGCUGGACCAUCGCGUCUCCCUGCUCGGGGCGCGUCGCCCACGCAAAAGCGGCAGAUUAAGGAAGAAUCGGCGGUGCGCUCCUUACCCCCUGGUCGUAUCCUAUCCCGGAACGCAUUCAGCUCGGGCGAACUCUCCGAUCUUCCCUCGGCCUACUGCACCAGCGACGAGGACGACAUCAAAGCAUCCUCACCCCGACCUCCACAGCCCACAGUACCCGCCAUCCCUCCAGCUGUCCCACCAUCCCUCGCACCUCGUCUCAAUGCCCAUCUCGACCCUACGCAGGGGACGACGCACCUCUAUCACGUGAUCGAGCCGGAUCUCUCACAACGACCCAUGACUCAGGCACCCCCAGAAGAGCUUGCAAUGCUUUGGCGAAUUAACGGGAUGAGUACCGAUCGGAUCGAGGGAGGCGAGGUGCCGUGGGGCAAGAGCGCUGGGUAUCAGCAGACUGAACAGUUGAAGAAACUGGCGGCAGGGAAGAGGAGGGAGGCCUUGGCGAAAGCGGCUAUGGGCAGGGAGGACGGGUCUGGAGAUGACACAGAGCUGGAUGAGGCGAUCGAGACGAUGGAAGAGGCUGUCGAGGUUGUAGCACGUGCUGCGAAAAAGUCAGCGCGGAGGGCCAAGCGGGGUGUCGAAUCGGGCGCAGGUGUGAAUAAGAAGGAGGAGGGAUCGGAGGGGACUUCAGCAAAGCGAGUCCCUUUGUCUCCAAUGGGCAUCAACGGACGGAAAGGGAUCCGGAAGAUGCCACCCGGCUCCCCUACCCCUCGAAAGAGCACGAAACGUCGGCGAGUCGAGGUGAGACCAGACUCGCCAUCGCAUCCUCCAGCUGCUCCGCCUUCAGCUGCUCCGGCGAACCCUGUACACGCACCCAAAGUAGAUUCGCCACCUCCUCGUCGGUCCACCUCACCACUUCCUCCCUCUCCCCACCCGGUCCGGGCACUCACUCCCCUCGAGUCCGCAUCGUCACCCCCGAGCGAGACUCUCGACCUGUUGCUCAAUCCAUUAGUGGAGGAGGCAAGGCGAGAUGCUAUGGCAAGGGACAUCCAGCGGACACAGGCAUUGCGACCACUCUCACGCGCGCUUCGCUGUCGUACCCCCACACCCGAACCUCUACCGCCUCGGUCGUCUAGACACCACUCGGUCACUCCUCCCAAGCUGCGCCCAGCCAGCACUAGACGUUCUCCGAUAAGCUUCGACUCCUCCCCUUCCCCUCAGCCCACCUUCCCUUCUCCACCUCCGGGUGCCCCAGCGGGGCCGCGCGACUUUGAGGCGGUCGACCGGAUCGAAACGCUCUACUCAUACUCGUUUAGUGUGGGCGCGCCAGGCAGCAGCCAGCUCGCACCCGAGCCAGUUGCUGGGGGCAUGGAUGCGGAUGUGGCUGGGCAGGCGAAGGCACAGGUGGAGGGCGAUGCAGAACCAGAUCGGACGCAGGAUGAUGCGGUCAUGGAGGAAACGGAGAAGAAAGACGCAGAGCAGGCGGAUAUUCCCCAGGGUGAAAGUCUUGCGGCUACAGAACAUACCCAGUCCUAUCCCGCAUUCGUCGCUUCGCAACUCCGACCUUCCAAGCCCAAAGCCCCGCGCAAAUCAAGUGGCUGGCAAUCCCUCACCCAUGGCAUUCUCUCGGCGCCUGUACUCGUCCCUGCCUCUCCUCCACCCGCCGCGUCCGGAUCAGGCACGAAGCGCAAAGCCCGUUCCUCUGGGCCCGCCAAAGCCGUACCGAAGGUGGAGUCGCAGAGCAAGCUGGAGGCGUUUGGGAUCAGGAAAGAGAGGCCGGUGAAGCCUGUCAAGGCGUUCGAGGGGGACUUUGAGGAUGAGAUGGAGAUCGAGGAAGAGGAGCCGGGGAAAGCGGGGCCGUCUCGCCCGGCGGGGAAGAAGUUGCGGGAAAUACCGAAUGCGCCGUACCAUCCUGCGUUGCGUCCGGCGGGUAUCAAGGCAAUGAAGCAGAGGGAAGCGGCGGCGGCGACAGCUCGGCCUCGGACCCGGGCGCAAACCAAGGGGAGUGACCGCAGCUCCUCGCCCAUCCCUCUCGUCGACCCUACUCCACAUCGCCCGACCGUCAGGCGUAAAACCGGGAGCAACCUCUCGCCACCGUCGAGCACACCACCGGGCCGAAGUCCGGUCUCUUCCUCACUCUUGACAGAUACCACGGAGGAGCAGGAUACGCCAGAAUUUCUCAGGGAGUGGCAGCUUGAGCAGGAUGGGCGGUAG